UGUGGAUGGCACUUUAAUCGAACCUUAAACAAAAAGUAUGUACUGUACUCUUUGUUCCAUAUCCGUUCAAUUUUGCUUUCUUUACUUUUUUGAGAGGUUUUAGAUAUUUUUUUAUUUUAAAAUAAUAGGAUUAAAUGUUAGUAUCGUUUUAAGGUGCAAGUCUUUUACUGAUAAAAUACAUAAUAAUUAUUUUUAUUAAAUAGUAACUAAUUUUUUAACCGGAAGUUUAUGUGCUACCUAUCUGUCGAACAAAAUAGCAACGCCGACAAGGCAAGCUCAGGGUUUUUGUUGUUUGGCGCCUUUUGAGGCCGGGUCGUUUGUCGUUCAAGCAGUUUUUACUCUAUAAUAUUUUAAACUAAAAGCUUUAAUUUGUCAUACUAAAAUGGGGGAUAAAGGUGAUGGAGAAACAUUUGACGAUGCUGUUGAAGAAAGAGUUAUCAAUGAAGAAUAUAAGAUAUGGAAAAAGAACACUCCUUUUUUGUAUGAUCUGGUAAUGACCCAUGCCUUGGAAUGGCCCUCGCUAACAGCACAGUGGCUACCAGACGUAACAAGACCUGAAGGAAAGGACUAUUCUGUUCAUAGGUUAAUUCUUGGCACACACACUUCUGAUGAACAAAAUCACUUGCUGAUUGCCAGUGUUCAGCUGCCUAAUGAAGAUGCUCAGUUUGACGCCAGUCACUAUGACAAUGAUAAGGGUGAAUUUGGCGGGUUUGGUUCAGUGUCUGGUAAGAUCGACAUCGAGAUUAAGAUCAACCAUGAAGGUGAAGUUAAUAGAGCUCGUUACAUGCCACAAAACCCAUGUGUCAUUGCAACAAAGACUCCGUCUUCAGAUGUAUUAGUAUUUGAUUAUACCAAACACCCUUCCAAACCAGAACCUUCUGGAGAAUGCCACCCAGAUCUUAGGCUUCGUGGUCAUCAAAAGGAAGGUUAUGGCUUGUCAUGGAACCCAAACCUAAAUGGAUAUCUACUAUCAGCCAGCGAUGACCAUACGAUCUGCCUUUGGGAUAUCAACGCUACGCCCAAGGAAGGACGCGUGAUAGAAGCCAAGUCUGUAUUUACGGGACACACGGCCGUCGUGGAGGACGUCGCGUGGCAUCUCCUACACGAGUCUCUCUUCGGUUCUGUCGCAGAUGACCAAAAAUUGAUGAUAUGGGAUACGAGAUGUAACAAUACAUCGAAGCCUUCCCACACAGUGGACGCACACACUGCUGAAGUGAAUUGCCUCAGUUUUAACCCCUACUCUGAGUUCAUCCUUGCUACUGGCAGUGCUGAUAAAACUGUUGCUCUAUGGGACUUACGAAACCUAAAGUUAAAAUUACAUUCAUUUGAGUCGCACAAAGAUGAAAUUUUCCAAGUGCAGUGGUCACCUCACAAUGAAACAAUCUUGGCAAGCAGUGGAACUGAUAGAAGACUACACGUGUGGGAUCUAUCAAAGAUCGGCGAGGAACAGACGGCGGAAGACGCGGAGGAUGGCCCACCUGAGCUAUUGUUCAUACACGGCGGACAUACAGCCAAAAUAUCUGACUUCUCAUGGAACCCCAAUGAACCAUGGGUCAUAUGUUCUGUCUCUGAGGACAAUAUUAUGCAGGUGUGGCAGAUGGCGGAGAACAUCUACAACGACGAGGAGCCGGAGACGCCCGCGUCCGAGCUCGAGUCCGGCGUCAACGUGAACCACGGCUAGCACUCGCCCCCACCCCCGCCCCCGCCCCCCGGCAACCAUCCCCCACACUACCCCCCACCACAAGUACCCCCUCCGCCGCCCGCCUCGCCCCCACACUCGCCCACCUCCACCGUCGCUUGAACACGACAGUGACCGAGCACUUGCUGACCAACUAUAAAUCAUCAAUAGUGAUUUACUGGACGACAUUGUGUUGAAGUAUAUUUAUACAAAAAACGCAGCGUUUCUUUUCCUUUGCGUAUCACUAAGUAUACAGUGCUUUGUUGUGCUUGGUGGUCUUAGUUCUUUUAUUUUUAACUCUAUUUGUAAUUAUCGUGCGAGACGAUUUGGUUGUCCCUGUAAUACAUUAAAUAUAUUUUAUAUAGACUCUUAAAUGCAAAUUGUUCAAUGAAUAAUGAUCAUUUAUGUUUUCAAUGUUCCUUUUUCAUAAUCACACUGUUCAAAUUUUGUACACGGUGAUGUCUUAUUUGUUUGUCCUUUUUAUGUGAUAGAGUAUUAUGUGUAACCGAUUUACUGUAUUAAUAAGAAAUAUGUAUGGAAAAUUUCACAAAAGUAUUGGCAAAGUUUCUUUCUUUGCUAACAUAAUAUCCACUCGUAGGGAGCUGACAAGUCACCGCGUAUAAAUAUAUUAUAUAACUUAAUCAAUAGUAUCAAGAUAGUAAGAUGUUUCAAUAUUCUGAGUAUACUCCAAUAGAGAAAUUGAGUACGGACUGUGUAAAUAUCAAAUCGCAGUAAAGUCUGUAUGUAAUGUAGAAAUAAUGUAACAACAUAUGGUAUAUCGAUGUUGAUUAAUUAUCUUACAAGUUACUCAAAAUUUGUUGAAUCAUUUACACCAUGUAAUAAUCACCUAUGUCAAAUUGGAAGAAUUAUAGUUUGACAAAAAGUAACCAUUGCAAGA